CAACACAAGACAGACGGACAAACAAAAAAGAAAAGACGCGACGAACCGGGCAAGGAAGAGAAGAGAAAGAGCAGAGGCAGAGGCAGAGGCAGACGAAGAGACGGAGGCAGCGGAAUCGACAAGGACCAGGAAGAAGAAGAGCAAGAGGAAGACGCCCCGAGAGAAAAUGACCGUUUCCGCCGCAGUGGACCAGUACACGGUGCUAACUGGGGACCGCUCCAAGAUCAAGGACCUCCUGUGCAGCCGCCUGACGGAGUGCGGGUGGCGGGACGAGGUGCGCCUGAUGUGCCGCACCAUUCUGCUGGAGAAGGGCGCCAACAACAGCUUCACCGUGGAGCAGCUCAUCACGGAGGUAACGCCCAAGGCCCGCACCCUCGUCCCGGAUGCCGUCAAGAAGGAGCUCCUCAUGAAGAUCCGGACCAUUCUCACCGAGAACGAGGAGGAGGCCGACGAGCCGGAGGACGAGGCCUGAACUGACCACCCCCCUGAUUUCCACGCAACUACAGUAAUUACUCGAGUUUAUUUGUACGGUUUUAUACAUAAAUCCCGGCCAGGGAAUACCCCGCAGUUCCGCAGAAUCCAUCAAUGACCAAAUCCAUCUACGUUCCAUCAAGAAAGAUGAAGUUUUUUUUGUUGAUUAAUGGCACUGCAGGGUGGUUACACACAAAAGUA